AUGGCCCUCAAUUCAGAGAGCUCAAGCAAGGGCAAAGGCACUUUAGUGGAAUGUCGCUCUUCGACACAAGCAGCUUCCUCUACAGACAGCGGAGGCAAAGGAACCGCAGUUGAAUCUCGCUCUUUGACAGAAACAGCUUCCUCUACAAAUCACAAAGGCAAAGGCAAAUCCAAGACACCUAACUCUACCAGUUCCUCUCACGGCCCGAAGCAACCAUCGAAGGUCCGAAAGCCUCAGCGAAAGACGACAACUACAAAGUCUAGAGGUGCUAUAGUGCCCGCAAAAAAUUGGCCCCGUUGCUGGGAUUGCCAGGAGCCUCUGAGCGAAAUCCCUCCCUGCACGUGUCAAGAAUGUGAAAUGCCGAACUAG